GAGGAAGGCGAGGGCCGCUCGCGCCAUGCUGGGCUCCGGCUUCAAGGCCGAGCGCCUGCGCGUCAACCUCCGCCUGGUCAUCAACCGCCUGAAGCUCCUGGAGAAGAAGAAGACCGAGCUGGCCCAGAAGGCGAGGAAGGAGAUCGCGGACUACCUGGCUGCCGGCAAGGACGAGCGCGCGCGCAUCCGCGUGGAGCACAUCAUCCGGGAGGACUACCUGGUGGAGGCCAUGGAGAUCCUGGAGCUGUACUGCGACCUGCUGCUGGCCCGCUUCGGCCUCAUCCAGUCGAUGAAGGAGCUGGACUCCGGACUAGCAGAAGCAGUUUCCACCCUCAUUUGGGCUGCUCCUCGGCUUCAGUCGGAGGUUGCCGAGCUGAAAAUUGUUGCCGACCAACUGUGUGCCAAGUACAGCAAGGAAUAUGGCAAGUUGUGCCGGAGUAACCAGAUUGGCACUGUCAAUGACCGGCUGAUGCACAAGCUCAGCGUAGAGGCACCUCCCAAAAUCCUAGUGGAGAGGUACCUCAUUGAGAUUGCCAAGAACUACAACGUGCCCUACGAGCCAGACUCCGUAGUCAUGGCUGAGGCUCCUGCUGGUGUGGAAGCAGAUCUGAUAGACGUGGGAUUUGUGGAUGACGUGAAGAAAGGCGGGCGAGGCGGAGGAGGUGGCGGCUUCAUGGCCCCCUUGACUGGCCCCGAUGGGCUGGUCCCAAUGCCUAUGCCAUCUCCCACUCCCCCUUUUUCUUACCCACCUUCUAAAGGGCCGGAGAACUUCAACGGCCUCCCUGUGGGGACUUACCAGCCUUUCCCUGGCCUUCACCCGCCUCAGAUCCCAGCCACUCCUCCAACCUACGAGUCGAUUGAUGAUGUCAGAGCUGACAAGCAGGUGCCCUCCCCUCGCAUGGCUGGGUCUGGACCGAAGCCAGACACGGUGGCAAAACCGCCCAGCUCACAGGACAACUUUGUGCUGCCAGAGCUGCCCUCUGUUCCGGACACGCUGCCUGCCGCCUCUGCGGGUGCCAGCACUUCAGCCUCCGAAGAUAUUGACUUUGACGAUCUCUCGCGAAGGUUUGAGGAGCUGAAGAAAAAAACCUAAGAGAGGGGAGUCUGGAAGGGGGCCGGCUGGCUGGGGUGGCCAAGCAGCGCACUCUCUUCUCUUCUCUUUCUCCUCCGGGCCUUUUUUCCUGCUGUGCUUGCACCGAAUGCCGCUGAUUUUCUGACACCCUCUGCUCUGGGAGGGAGACUGUGGAGCAUCUGGCCUAGUCCUGAGGUUGUGCUUCCUGAGCAGAGUGCCCGGGGGGGGGUGAUACGUGCAUCCCUCCCUCCUCUCCCCCCCUUCUGGUGGGGUACCAGCCUCAAAGAUUGUGGGGCAAAAGCUGGUUCCUAGCAGGGGCUGGUGUUGGUCCGAGAUGGCUUGGUUUGGUCUGCUGCGUUCUCAGGGAGCCCUCUGGGGCCUUUAUUCCUUUUCUCUUUGGGGAGGGCAAGGCCAUGUGUAUGACUGGCAGCUGGUGGGGAAAUGGGGCCUCUCUCUCUCUCCCUGGAAGGACCCAGACUGUGCUUUGGCCCCAGAGCUGCACUUGCCUUGUGUGUGACUCUCGACUCGCCCGCCCGCCUUACUGGCCAAGCUGCCGCCUCCCCCCUCCUGCAAUGGACCAGCCCUGGGAGCAGCAGCGGGGGGCUGCUGCUCUCCCUUCCCACCUCCGUCUCUAAUAAUUCCUGCAGCUUUUCUUAGAACUGUGUGGUGGGUUUGUACACUCUCUGUCAACUCAAUAAAUUGGGGGUGUUUCUGGGCUGGGGCCAGGA